AUGCUUCCGCUCAGAGAACAAAAGUCUAUCUACCAAACGCCAAAAUGCUAUUUUACGUAUGGCGCCAUGGUUCAUGUUGAUCCGAAGCAGCCACCUUCAAAAGGCAAGCCUUGGACAACGUUGGCAUCACGGGAUUUCAUUCACCAGGUCGAUCUGAUUCUCCCACAAGAAAUAUUCAAUAUAUUUCAGCAAAAAGUGCUUAACAGCCACUUGCCGCCUCAAUAUAAAAGGGUCACCAUGACCCUUGGGCAGGUUUUAGAGAAAGAUUUCUUUCAGGAGUAUCUGAAGAUAGGCAACAUCCUGAUGCUCUCUGAAGGGAGGCCAGGACAAGACAAUGUCUUCACCAUAAAGGAUGGUAAACUCACCAUGUUUCUGGACCGAGAGACGUACGAACGCGCCGGAAUGGUUGGUACUACGCAUGGCGUCAAGGGCGAUAGGGGCCUGAGACCACGAUGGAUUGUGGAAUAUGAUCUUCGAGCUCCAGCCAGCUUUCCGGGCAAAAAGGGGUUCGACCGGUUGAUCUACGCCACCAAGAACGCACUGAAUUUUCCAGUCACCUGGUUGUUCUGCAACCUAGGAAAAACCCCUGACCCCGACCCAUUGCUCGCCCAUUUCCCAACCACAUACACAUCCACACCAGGUAUCACCCGAGACUUUUCAGUCCUCAUUCCGGAGCUGAAACCAGAGUCAAAUACUGUGAUCAAAGAUGACAGAGACGAAGCUGAGAGGUUCGCCACCGAGACUUACGAAUGGCUUUCACUCGUUCGUCUGGUGAGCCCAAGAGUUUCGGUCCGUGAUGAUGUUGAUCCGUACAUCAGCCAAUACAGUUUUCCAGAAGGUCCCGGAGACCGAGAGCCUUCCCCUGGCGCUGUCUGCAAGAUCACCUGGCGUGGCCUUCUAGCUGCUGACUGGGCUCGGAAUCUGUUCAUGGAGAUUCUUGUUGCCUUGCCUUCCAAGUCAUGGUUUUCCCUGAGUAUCAACAGCUUUACGAUGUCGAAGGGUUUGGCGGCCGACAGCACCGACUUGACAAUAAUGCGCCCACCUAAUACGCCGGGAGAAUAUCUGCAGUGGGAGAUCAAGGGCCAUGAAUGA